UUAGGCAAUGGCAGCGUCUGGUUUACAAAGCGAAAACUGUCGAACGCUAAUUGUCAUCCAAAUAUCUCCUCAUGCUGUACAAAAUAGAAACAAGAAGUCAGGCAUAAUUCAAGAAACUUGCUCCACAAUUUGUGCUCUGUUGAACAGUCAUGAAGGUGGGAAUCUCAAACUUUCUUCCACACAAGCGUUGACUCCGAACCUUCUCGACGAACUGGUUCGUGCAAUUGAGCAAAGUUUAAUUGAAUUUCUUGGCUUAACGAAUCUACGUGAGCUUUGCGAAGUAAGGAUCACAGGUCGUGGUAAAGAAAUCAUUUUUUUCGUAAAACCAAGCGAUAGAAUUUUUACAGUAAAUUAUAAUUUAGCUUUGCCUACAAAUUUUCUCGUGAGGGAAGUCCUCAGGUCCGAACCGCUUGUGAACAUUGCUCGUCUCCUGGAAACUGGACCUUUGAUCAACUCAAAUCUACAAAGCUUUAUAAAAGAGUUUUUGAAAGACGCUACAAUUCCUGGUGAUUUGAGGGAGUCGGAUACCGUGCAAUUCAAAAAAGUGAAGUCCGAUCGAAAUAAGAAUAAAUCGCUGGCUGAUCGUAUCAUUUCGAACAAGAUAACUCAUUAUAUAUCUGCGUUUGCGAACCACAAAGGUGGCCACGUGUAUAUUGGUGUUGAUGAUGAAACUUAUAGUGUUCUUGGCGAAAACCUUGAUGACAAGGAGAAAAACAGAAUCACAGAGAGACUAGAAUCUGCAAUAAAAAAUAUGCUAUGGCCAGAAGAGCAUGGUAUACCUGAACUUGGAAGACACUGGAAUAUCUCGUUUGUUCCGGUAUGUGCCGGGGAUUCUAUGACAGAGAUUCCCGGGUUGUAUGUUAUAGUGAUCUCCAUAUCGGCAUGUCCCGGAGGGGUCUUCCUAAAUCACCCUGAGACGUAUAUAAUAGAGAAUUGCAAAGUAGCCAAGAUGGAAUUCAAGCGAUGGAAGAAAAGAGUCUUACACGACGCACACAUGCAGGAUAUUGUGAAAUUUUGCCGAGAAAAUUCCUGGAGCGAAAGCCAUAGUCGUUUUCCAACGACGACUCCAGAAAGAUGCCAGGGUAAUGAGCCUGGCUACAAAGAUACAGAAGAACAUGUCCAACCUAUGAACUUGGUAGUUGAAUGUACGAGUAUUCCUAAAGUUAUUUCUCGAGUAAUUCCUCGAAAUACGAAAUCCAAAACUAUGUGCGUGAGAAUCACAGACGUAAUGGAGAAGCAUAUACAAGAUGGAGAUUUUGAGAAAGUUCAAACGUUUGCAUCAAAAAUAUGUUUUAAGAGUGAAGCGUUCCAUAAACCAGAUAUCGAAGUUGCAACUCGUUUUAUGCUUGCUCUCGGGGCUUAUCGAAGGCGAAGCUUUACAGAAGCUUAUCAGGAACUAAAUAAAGCAAGCGCUCUCGUGACUUCAGCUGAGAACUCGAAGGAAUUUGAGAUACAACGGCUUCAUUUACUGGCCUGUUUUCUCCGAGGGCAAGGUAAUCAUGGCAAAAGUUAUGAAGUAACUUGUGGCGGGUUGCAAGAACUUGAAAGCAUCUCUCCUGGAUGGCACUCAGCGUGGACGUUAAGCGAUGCUGGAUAUUUGUUUAGUAUCUUAGCAGGAGAAGAACGAAAUAAAGAGGUCCGUCAGUCUCUCAAGCGACAAGCAGUGAAUCUCUACAUCCAAGCUAUCGAACACACAAAGAAAUUUGGAGAAGAUUCGAAUGACACUUGUAAAGCUUUGACUGCAAAGUCAAAUCUUAUGCACCGUUGUCAUCUUCGACUAGCAAUGCUGUUUCUUGGCUGCGCCCCCUUCGCCGAGAAAGACGAUGAUUUUAGAGACGUCACUGACGAAGAUAUGAAUAACGCUGUUGUCAACAUAUUGGUCGUAGAGGAAAGUGUUCUGAAGGGUGACUCUCUUACAGAAGUGAAUGAAUGUUACUUGAGUCUUGCAAAAUCAGACAUCAAUUAUCGCAGAUCACGUAUCAAUGUAGAACAAGGCGAAAACUACCACAAAAAAGCCGUAGAAUGGGCCACAAAAGCGCGAACGCUUGCAGAAAAUGACCAGUUUCCUGGAAUUUUGAAAUACGCCCAGAGUCGCCUUGACCGCCUCUCAACAGCACGACGCUACAGCAGUGUCGAGGAAGAACUACUCGCUGACUUAGACAAAUCUAACGAGUAAACCAAAUAUAUUUACUUUGGUUUAAGAAACUUCCUAGUGUAAUAAACCCCUUUAGCUCGUGGAUGUAUUUUCUCAUUUCAGACCACGUGUUAUUUUCUGAGUAAGGUUUUUUGUUUGAUUUGUUUCCAUAUUUAUGGGUCUUUUCAUGCGAAACCGUUAAUAAUAAUAAUGAUAAUGAUAAUAAUAAUAAUAAUAAUAA